AUGACCUACGUUGGGUUGUUUGCGUGCUAUGCUGGCAUGUUGGCAAGUGUAGUCAUACCGAACUGCUCUUUGGCGCUUUCCCUGUGCUCUACCACAGAAGUUUCUCAGGAUAGCCGCCUCGGUUCAACAUUAUUUGUGUCCGUGCAGCAAACACCGCCCACAGCUGACGACAAAACUGAUGAAUGCCUGACCAUCAUAAACGACAUGAGGACGCAAACCGCCAAAGGCCUGUUAGAAGCCCUCACUAAGGCGCAAGAUGGCGAGGUGACCGAAAGCCUGAAAAGUAUAAAAAAAGAGGAAGUGCAAGGUGCUACUGCCAAAACGAUUGCAGCAAAGCUAGGGGGCACGGACGCAGCUACAUGUGAAUUCGCUGCAAGCGCAAACGCGCAAACGGUAUGGCUUCAAUAUCCUGGACUCGUAAUUCCAUUCGCGUACGGCACGAAGCUCGAUUGCAUCUCUUUGAUCCAAACGACUUACAGAGAUGGUCGCGACUAUCUGGAAAAUCGCUUUCGUUCUGCAGGUCCAACUUUGACCCAUCAACAGGCAAAAUAUAAUUUUACAGAGGCCCCAUUUAAUAAUGUAGCGGCCAGCAACGUGGCAUUUUUGAUGUCAAGCAAAAGCAAAAAGGUCUCAUGUGCAGCAACCGAAAACUGCACAGGAGGCCACAACAUCUUAUUCUGCUACUUCAUAGAUCCUCUUCAAACUGGGGAUGCCCCAUUUAUAACAGAAGUCUACAAUGCUCUCUGGGGAGUGGGCAAAGGUGCGGUGUCUAUCUCGGUCCCCAGCGUCUCCACUGCUCUCUUGUCCCUCGCCUUGAUCAUUCUGUCUUAA